GUUGACGCCCAGUGAUCACUUUGUUUGCUCGGGUCUGCAGUCGUGUCAGUCUGUGCAUCUGACGUGGGUGGAUUUGUCUGGACCUUUUCUGUUCUUUUAAGUAUGUCUAGGUACCACAAAGCAGCGAUUGAUGGCUACUUGGACCUCUUGAAGGAGGCCACAAGGAGGGACCUGAACACUGCGGAUGAAGAUGGCAUGACACCCACCUUACUGGCUGCUUUCCAUGGACAUAUCGAUGCUCUUCAGCUCAUAUGCAGCAGAGAAGGAGACCCAAACAGGAGUGACAUCUGGGGAAACACACCGCUGCACCAUGCCGCAGCCAAUGGUCACAUGCACAUCCUCAGCUUUCUGGUCAACUUCGGUGCAAACCUUUUCGCACUGGACAAUGAAUUCCACACAGCUAUGGACGUUGCUGCUUCUCGUGACCGCAUGGACUGCGUGCGCUUCCUAGAUGCUGCUGCCUCACAGCAGACCAACCAAAAUCCCAAGAAGGUCGCCAAUCUAAAGAAGGAAGCCAUCAAAGAAGCAGAGAAACGUGUGAAACUCUGUGAGAAGGUGAAGAAGAAACACCAGAGCAAAAUGGAUAAAAUGCACCGUGGAGCAGGGAAUACUGGGUCUGUUUCAGAGGCCAGCAUGGCAUCAUCACUCUCAAACGGUGGUACCAUGACAGGCGUCAAUGAGCAGUUCUCCAAGCUUAUUAGUGCUGAUAAAUCUGGAUCUCUUACAGCCAGGGUUAAAGGUACCCUCCAGAAGAAGCUUGGGAAGAAAGAUAAAGGCACACUGCAGAAAUCAGGAGGAGACGGGAACGUUAUUUUCCUCAAGCAGGAGAAUCAGGCUUCUGAGAAGCCAGAGUUUCUGGAUGUUUUCAGUGAGCAGGAUGAAAAUGUGUUAGAUGAAGAAGGAAUGGGCAGCUUUGAAGAUGAUGAUUACAAUGAAGAACCAGGCCAAGUAAAACAGUCCAUCUUCAACCGGCCGGGUCUUGGAGGGCUGAUUUUCAUGAAAAAGAUGGGGUUGGAUUCAGAGGACACCCCCAGCGGUAACAAUGAAAAUCUCGGUUACCUCUUUCAGAAUGAGUUAUUUGAGGCAGAGGAAGAUGCUGAUGACUUUGAGGGGACUGGUACCGCUGAUCUGCCCUGGGAUCAGGAAGAUCUGGGCUUGGAUGAUGAGGAAGAUGAGGAGACCUCUCCUUUGAAUGCAUUCUUGUCUGCCAUCUCCUUGCCAGAGUUUGCACCUGCAUUCAGCCGAGAGCACCUGGACCUGGAGGCGCUCAUGCUUUGCUCUGAUGAAGACCUGAAAAGCAUUCGCAUCCAACUUGGACCCAGGAAGAAGAUCCUGGAAGCUGUUGCUCGAAGAAAGAACGCACUGGAGACUCCUGGCAUCUUAAGAGACAGCUGCUUGUGAUCCUAUGAGACAGGAACAGAGAUUUAUAAUCCUGUUUGAAACUUAAAAUGAAUCUGUAUGUUUUGCAAAGAGACCAACAGCAAACUGUUUCUCCAAAAGGAAAACCAUUGUGCACUGCUCUGUUUGCACAAUAGUAUCCAUGUUACAAAUGGCAUGCCAGGAGGGUCCAUACCUACAGUAUCGACAAUAAUGUCUGGAAGGCAAGAGAAGAAAAUUAUCAAGACAGACAGACCAUGGCCAGAAACCUGAUUUUAAAUCAACAUUAUAAUAUUUUGUGUAGACAAAAAAGGAAAAAAAGGUGUUCUAAUAUAACGUUGGUGAUUGUUUCUGCCCAUAAAUAAGAUAAAGGG